AUGACCAAGCCAAAUGGUGCUAUGAAUGGUCAUGGUCCGAUAAAACCAGAUGAUGACAAGGAUAAACUACCCGAAGUUCACAUCACAAGCCUCAAUGAUAAAGACGAAAAAGAUGAACUACCGAUCACUCAUUACAUCAAACAUGGACAUGAGGAUCAUGGUCAUGAGAAUGGUGGUUUUGAUCCGGAUGAAUGCCCGGAUGGGUUGAGAUCGCCCGCGUUGAGUCGAAGAGGAACAUGGAUGAAAACAAGGUCUCGCAAGAAUUCGAUGAAAUCGAUCAAGUCAAGAGCCAGCUCGUUGCUCAGUUUGAAAUCGAUCAAAGACAUGAUGACCAAAGAAACGAUUAUGACCAUUUGGAUUCAAAGCGCUUUACCGUUCCUUAUUGCCGGACUUGGAUCAAUUGGCGCAGGAGUGGCUCUAAAUCAAGCACAACAGUUUGCAUUGUUUGUAAAUAUCCCGCAAAUGAUUGGCUUAUCGACACCGAUUAUGGGAUUGAAGGGAAAUUUGGACAUGACAUUUGCUUCGAGAUUAGCGACAAUGAGUCACCAGGGAAAGCUGGACACAUGGAGUGGAAUCAAGAAACGCGUGCCGAUCAACAUGAUGCUUGUGCAGGCUCAAGCCAUCAUCAUCUCAUUCUUUGCCACCGCGAUUACCUUGGCACUGUCAGCCAUCCAGAAUGCUUUGCACAUUCAAGGAGCUCCAUCGAUGGACUCCCUUGGCUCACACAUUCCAUUGAUGAUCGCCACUGGUUUAUUGACCAUUUGCACAUCGUGUGGAGUCAUGGAUACUGUCAUGGCUACAAUGGUCAUUGUUUCUAGACGCAAGAACGUGAAUCCGGAUAACAUCACAGCGCCGAUCGCGGCCUCGAUGGGUGAUCUGGCUUGCAUGUGUUUGUUGGUUGCCUAUGGAUCGGUUCUCUACAUUCCCUAUAAUAGCAAUGCCUCCUGGAAAAUGGUUCCCUCAAUAAUCGUCAUCAUUGCCAUCAUCGGUCUCUGGCCUUUUUGGCUCUACAAAUGUUUGCAAGAUGAGAAAUGUCGAGCUAUGCUAAAAACUUCAUGGUUUUCCUUGAUUGCGUCGGCCGUGUUUUCAGCAUGUGGUGGUUUCAUCUUGCAAAUCUGUAUCAACUCUUUCCCGGAGAUGUCUCUCUAUCAACCGUUGAUGGCCGGAAUUGCCGGCAAUCGAGUGGCCGUUCAGUCUUCCAGAAUUGCCUCAAGACUCUUCACACAUCAUACUUCCGGCGAGCUGCCAAAGGGAAAUACUCUAUGGAAGUACACGUCGGUGUUGAGAUGUUACUUUUCAAAAGAUGAUGACUCAGGUGCUGCUAGACUUCUUUUGGCCACAGCCGUUCCGUUCCAGGCAAUUUUCGUCUCCUUGACCUAUCUGGUUUCCUACUUGCUGCACAAAGCCGGUGUGAUCAAUCCACUUCCGAUGAUCAAUUGGCAAUUCACUUUAGGAUAUCUCGCUGCCGCUUUUGUACAGAUUUUCAUUCUGCUUUAUUGCUGCCAAUUCUUGGUGUUCGCGAUGUGGCGGUAUAAAGUGGAUCCGGAUUUACAUUCGAUUCCCAUAUUGACCGGUAUGGGCGACUUAUUUGGAACUACAUGGGCUGCUUUGGCAUUUAUCAUAUUGUACCAGAUAACGCCGAGUUCCAUUAGAACAUGUUGGGAUGCUGAUGUGAAAUGCUCU